GAUGUGUGUGAGUGCGUGUCCUGCUAGCUCCAUGUUGCCGCCUCUCCCGGUACCUGCUGCUGCUGCCGCUGCCGCCGCCGCUGCUGCUGCUGUUCCCGGGGCUGCGGGAAAUGCGAGAGGCUGAGCCGGGGAGGAGCAACUCGAGCAGCAGCAGCGGCGGCGGCUGCGGCCGCUGCGGCGGGAGGAGCCCCCCAGGAGGAGGACCGGGAUCCAUGUGUCUUUCCUGGUGACUAGGAUGUCGUCGGAGGAGGACCGGAGCGCGGAGCAGCAGCCGCCGCCGCCAGCACCCCCCGAGGAGCCCGGAGCCCCGGCCCCGAGCCCCGCAGCCGCAGACAAAAGACCUCGGGGCCGGCCUCGCAAAGAUGGCGCUUCCCCUUUCCAGAGAGCCAGAAAGAAGCCUCGAAGUAGAGGAAAAUCUACAGUGGAAGAUGAGGACAGCAUGGAUGGGCUGGAGACGACGGAAACAGAAAACAUUGUCGAAACAGAAAUCAAAGAACAGUCUGUGGAAGAGGAUGCUGAAGCAGAAGUGGAUAGCAGCAAACAGCCAGUCUCAAGUCUUCAGCGGUCUGUGUCUGAGGAAUCUGCAAACUCCCUGGUCUCUGUUGGUGUAGAGGCCAAAAUCAGUGAACAGCUCUGCGCUUUUUGUUAUUGUGGGGAGAAAAGUUCCUUAGGACAAGGAGACUUGAAACAAUUCAGAGUAACACCUGGACUUAUCUUACCUUGGAAAGAUCAACUGUCUAACACAGACAUGGAUGACAACAGCAGCGGGACCUGUGAGAAGACACAGAACUUGGCUCCACGAAGACAAAGAGGACAGAGAAAAGAACGGUCUCCCCAGCAGAAUGUAGUUUCCUGUGUAAGUGUAAGCACUCAGACACCAUCUGAGGAUCAGGCUGGCAAGUUAUGGGAUGAACUCAGUCUGGUUGGCCUUCCAGAUGCCAUUGAUGUCCAAGCCUUAUUUGAUUCCACAGGCACGUGCUGGGCUCAUCAUCGAUGUGUGGAGUGGUCACUGGGAAUAUGCCAAAUGGAAGAACCUUUGUUGGUAAAUGUGGACAAAGCUGUUGUCUCAGGGAGCACAGAACGAUGUGCGUUUUGCAAACACCUUGGAGCCACUAUCAAAUGCUGUGAAGAGAAGUGUACCCAGAUGUACCAUUACCCGUGUGCUGCAGGGGCUGGCACCUUUCAGGACUUCAGUCACUUCUUCCUUCUUUGUCCAGAGCACAUUGACCAAGCUCCUGAAAGAUCAAAGGAAGAUGCAAACUGUGCAGUGUGUGACAGCCCGGGAGAUCUUUUAGAUCAAUUCUUUUGUACUACUUGUGGUCAGCACUAUCAUGGGAUGUGCCUGGAUAUAGCUGUUACUCCAUUAAAACGUGCGGGUUGGCAGUGUCCUGAGUGCAAAGUGUGCCAGAACUGCAAACAAUCAGGAGAAGAUAGCAAGAUGCUGGUAUGUGAUACGUGUGACAAAGGGUAUCAUACUUUUUGUCUUCAACCUGUUAUGAAAUCAGUACCAACCAAUGGCUGGAAAUGCAAAAAUUGCAGAAUAUGUAUAGAGUGCGGCACACGAUCUAGUGCGCAGUGGCAUCACAACUGUUUGAUAUGCGACACUUGUUAUCAACAGCAGGAUAAUUUAUGUCCUUUCUGUGGAAAGUGCUACCAUCCAGAAUUGCAGGAAAACAUGCUCCACUGUAGUAUGUGUAAGAGAUGGAUUCACUUAGAAUGUGACAAACCAACUGCUCAUGAAUUGGAGUCUCAACUCAAAGAAGAAUAUAUCUGCAUGUAUUGUAAACACUUAGGAGUUGAGAUAGAGCCAUUGCAUCCAGGGAAUGAAGUAGAGAUGCCUGAACUACCUACAGAUUAUUCCAAUGGAAUGGAAAUUGAAGGUCCUGAAGAUGAAGUGGUGUUUCUGGAGCAGACAGUUAAUAAAGAUGUCAGUGAUCACCAGUCCAUGCCUGGAAUUGUUCCAGAUGCUGUUCAAGUGUACACGAAAGAGCCCCAGAAAUGUAAUCCACCAGAAAGCCCUGGUACAGUUGGUCUCCUCACUUCUGAAUCGUCUGACAAUAAAAUGAAUCCUGAACUGGCAAGUGAGAUUUCUCAUGAAAUUGAUAGUAAAAAAACAGACGCACUUUCUAAAGGUGUGCAUGUUUGUGAGGAAGAUCAAGAUGAGAAUAGAAUGGAAGUGACAGAAAAUAUCGAAGUCCUUCCACACCAGAUCAUUGUGCCGCAGGAGGAACUGCAGUUGUCAGAAGACCCUGAAGUGGCAUCUGAGGAAGAAUCAAGCCCUUCAAAACCAUCCACUGAGUCUGCUGCACCAGAAGCCUUACUUUCCCCGCACAGUGAAAAUUCCUUAUCUUGUACGAAUCCCUUGGUCAUUAAAAGAGUGCAAGAGGAAAUGGAACAGAAGGAAAGUUCUGAGUUCCCCACUGGGUGUGUGGAUUUUGAAAUGACUCUUGCGGUUGACAGUUGUGUCAAAGAUAGUUCAUGCCAAGGAAACAAAUCUAUAAAGUUAGCUGCUGAGGAAGAAUCAUCGUUCUCGGCAGCAACUGACCUGAGCAAGGCAGACGUGUCUUCCUCUUCAGCACUUUGUUCAGACUUGCCUGCAUGUGACAUGCUGCACAGUUACCCUUCAACUCUCAACUCUGUUGCUGGAAGCAUCAUGCCAACAACGUACAUCUCAGUCACUCCAAAAAUAGGCAUGGGUAAACCAGCUAUUACCAAAAGAAAAUUUUCUCCUGGUAGACCCCGAUCCAAACAGGGGGCUUGGAGUAACCAUAAUACAGGGAGCCCACCUUCCUGGUCCCCAGACAUUUCAGAAGGCCGGGAAAUUUUUAAACCCAGGCAGCUUUCUGGCAGUGCCAUUUGGAGCAUCAAAGUGGGCCGAGGGUCUGGAUUUCCAGGGAAGCGGAGACCUCGUGGUGCAGGGCUAUCAGGACGAGGUGGCAGAGGCAGGUCUAAACUAAAGAGUGGAAUUGGAGCUGUUGUAUUGCCUGGGGUGUCUUCUGCAGAUAUUUCAUCAAAUAAAGAUGAAGAAGAAAACUCUAUGCACAAUACAGUUGUUUUGUUUUCUAGUAGUGACAAGUUCACUUUGCAUCAGGAUAUGUGUGUGGUUUGUGGCAGCUUUGGCCAAGGAGCAGAAGGAAGAUUACUUGCCUGUUCACAGUGUGGUCAGUGUUACCAUCCGUAUUGUGUCAGUAUUAAGAUCAGUAAAGUGGUUCUUAGCAAAGGUUGGAGAUGUCUUGAGUGCACAGUAUGUGAGGCCUGUGGAAAGGCAACUGACCCAGGAAGACUCUUGCUGUGUGAUGACUGUGACAUAAGCUACCAUACGUACUGCCUAGACCCUCCAUUGCAGACAGUUCCCAAAGGAGGCUGGAAGUGCAAAUGGUGUGUUUGGUGCAGACACUGUGGUGCAACAUCUGCAGGGUUGAGAUGUGAGUGGCAGAACAAUUACACACAAUGUGCUCCUUGUGCCAGCUUGUCUUCCUGCCCUGUCUGCUAUCGAAAUUACAGAGAAGAAGACCUCAUUCUGCAGUGCAGACAGUGUGACAGGUGGAUGCAUGCAGUUUGUCAAAACUUAAAUACUGAGGAGGAAGUGGAAAAUGCUGCAGACAUUGGUUUUGAUUGUAGCAUGUGCAGACCAUAUAUGCCUGUGUCAAAUGUGCCUUCCUCAGACUGCUGUGACUCUUCACUUGUGGCCCAAAUUGUCACAAAAGUAAAAGAGCUAGAUCCACCUAAGACCUAUACCCAGGAUGGUGUGUGUCUGACUGAAUCAGGGAUGACUCAGUUACAGAGUCUCACAGCUACAGUUCCAAGAAGGAAACGGACAAAACCAAAAUUGAAAUUGAAAAUUAUAAAUCAGAAUAGUGUGGCUGUCCUUCAGACUCCUCCAGACAUCCAGUCUGAGCAUUCUAGAGAUGGUGAAAUGGAUGAUAGUCGAGAAGGAGAACUUAUGGAUUGUGAUGGAAAAUCAGAAUCUAGUCCUGAGCGGGAAGCUGUGGAUGAUGAAACUAAGGGAGUAGAAGGAACAGAUGGCAUAAAAAAGAGGAAAAGAAAACCAUACAGACCAGGUAUUGGUGGAUUUAUGGUACGGCAAAGAAGUCGAACAGGACAAGGAAAAGCCAAAAGAUCUGUGGUCAGAAAAGAUUCUUCAGGCUCUAUUUCUGAGCAGUUGCCCAGCAGAGAUGAUGGCUGGAGUGAGCAGUUACCAGACACUCUGGUUGAUGAGCCUGUUUCUGUUGCUGAAAGCACUGAAAAAAUAAAGAAGAGGUACCGAAAAAGGAAAAAUAAGCUUGAAGAAACCUUUCCUGCUUAUUUACAAGAAGCAUUUUUUGGAAAAGAUCUUCUAGAUACCAGCAGACAAAACAAGCAGAGUGUAGAUAAUCUAUCAGAAGAUGCAGCUCAGCUUUCAUAUAAAGCAGGUUUCUUGGAUCCUUCCUCAGAUCUGCUACUGAGUUCAUCUUCUGCCUCAGCAAAACCUGGAGCUCAGGGUACUGCUGAUGGCCCAUUAGCUGAUAUUUCUGAAGUCUUAAACACAGAUGAUGACAUUCUUGGAAUAAUCUCAGAUGAUCUUGCAAAAUCAGUUGAUCAUUCAGAUAUUGGCCCCAUUGCUGAUGAUGCUUCCUCUUUGCCUCAGCCAAAUGCCAGUCAGAGUUCACGACCAUUAAGUGAAGAGCAGCUAGACGGAAUCCUGAGUCCUGAGCUAGACAAAAUGGUCACAGAUGGUGCAAUUCUUGGAAAGUUAUAUAAAAUUCCAGAGCUUGGAGGAAAGGAUGUUGAAGACUUGUUUACUGCUGUACUUAGUCCUGCUACCACUCAGCAAGCUCCAUUACCACAGCCUCCCCCUCCACCACAGCUAUUGCCAAUGCACAAUCAGGAUGUUUUCUCCCGGAUGCCACUCAUGAAUGGCCUUAUUGGACCCAGCCCUCACCUUCCACAGAAUUCCUUGCCUCCUGGAAGUGGAUUGGCGACUUUCCCUGCUAUAGCACCAUCCCCUUAUACUGAUGUCAGGGAUAAAAGUCCAGCAUUUAAUGCAAUUGCAAAUGAUCCUAAUAGCUCUUGGGCACCGACAGCUCCACCUAUGGAAGGAGAAAAUGACACCCUGUCAAAUGCCCAGAGGAGCACACUGAAGUGGGAGAAGGAGGAGGCUCUUGGUGAGAUGGCAACAGUAGCACCGGUUCUCUACACAAAUAUUAAUUUCCCCAAUUUAAAGGAAGAAUUCCCAGAUUGGACUACUCGAGUGAAACAAAUUGCCAAGUUGUGGAGAAAAGCCAGCUCUCAGGAAAGAGCACCAUAUGUGCAAAAAGCCAGAGAUAACAGAGCUGCUUUACGCAUUAAUAAAGUUCAGAUGUCAAACGAUUCUAUGAAGAGGCAACAGCAGCAAGACAGCAUCGAUCCCAGCGCCCGCAUCGAUUCAGAUCUUUUUAAAGAUCCUUUAAAGCAGAGAGAAUCUGAGCAUGAGCAGGAAUGGAAGUUUAGACAGCAAAUGCGACAGAAAAGUAAGCAACAAGCUAAAAUUGAAGCCACACAGAAGCUGGAGCAGGUGAAGAAUGAGCAGCAGCAGCAACAGCAACAGCAACAACAACAACAACAGCAGCAACAGCAACAGCAACUUGCUUCUCAGCACCUUUUAGUAGCAUCUGGUUCAGAUACUCCAAGUAGUGGAGUACAAAGUCCCUUGACACCUCAGCCUGGCAAUGGGAAUGUGUCUCCUGCACAGACAUUCCAUAAAGACCUAUUCUCCAAACACCCACCCAGUGCCCCUGCCUCCACACCUUCAGAUGAUGUGUUUGUCAAGCCACAACCUCCACCCCCUCCUUCAACCCCAUCCCGAGUACCUGUUCAGGACACUCUUUCUCAGUCCCAGAAUUCUCAGCCGCCUUCUCCACAGAUGUUUUCACCUGGAUCAUCUCACUCCAGACCACCAUCUCCAGUGGAUCCUUAUGCAAAAAUGGUUGGUACUCCUAGACCACCUCCAGGGGGCCAUAGUUUUCCCAGAAGAAAUUCUGUUCCACCAGUGGAAAACUGUGUGCCUUUAUCUCCAGUACCUAGGCCCAUUCAGAUGAAUGAAACAGCUGCCACUAGGCCAUCCCCCGCCAGAGACUUAUGUGCUUCCUCCUUGACAAACAGUGACCCCUAUGCAAAGCCUCCAGAUACACCUAGGCCCAUGAUGACAGAUCAAUUUCCUAAACCUUUUAGCCUUCCUAGGUCCCCUGUGGUUUCAGAACAAAGUGCAAAAUGUCCUCUAGUCACUGGAACCAAACCAUCUCCUAGAGCAGAUGCCUUUCAAAGGCAAAGGCUGCCUGAUCCAUAUGGACGACCAUUGUUGACACCCACCCCACUGGAUAAUGGGCCUUUUAAGACGCCACUGCACCCACCUCCAUCUCAGGAUCCAUAUGGAUCUGUGCCACAGGCAUCAAGACGACUCUCUAUUGACCCUUAUGAAAGGCCUGCCUUGACACCAAGGCCAGUAGAUAAUUUUUCUCAUAGUCAGUCAAAUGAUCCGUAUAGCCAGCCUCCCCUAACUCCACACCCAGCAAUGAGUGAAUCUUUUACUCAUUCUUCAAGGGCUUUUUCUCAGCCUGGAACCAUAUCAAGGUCAGCAUCUCAGGACCCAUAUUCACAACCCCCAGGAACUCCACGGCCUGUUAUAGAUUCCUAUUCCCAAACCUCAGGAACAGCUCGAUCCAAUCCAGACCCUUAUUCUCAACCUCCUGGUACACCCCGGCCUAACACUAUUGAUCCAUAUAGUCAACAGCCACCAACCCCAAGGCCUUCUCCACAGACAGAUAUGUUUGCUACAUCUGUGGCAAACCAGAGACACGCUGAUCCAUAUACUCAUCAUCUUGGGACACCAAGACCUGGAAUUUCUGUUCCCUAUUCUCAGCCACCAGCAACACCAAGGCCAAGGACUUCAGAGGGUUUUACUAGGUCUUCCAGUGUAAGACCAGCCCUCAUGCCAAACCAUGAUCCUUUCUUACAAGCAGCACAAAACCGAGUACCAGGUUUACCUGGCCCUUUGAUAAGGCCACCUGAUACCUGCUCUCAGGCCCCCAGGCCCCCUGGGCCCGGCCUGACAGACACAUUCAGUCAUGCUUCCCCGUCUGCUGCUCGUGAUCCCUAUGAUCAGCCUCCGAUGACUCCCAGGCCGCAGUCUGACUCUUUCGGAGCUAGUCAAGUUGUCCACGAUCUUGUUGACCGUCCAGGUCCUGGGUCAGAGGGAAACUUUAGCACAUCUUCAAAUCUUCCUGUAAGCUCCCAAGGCCAGCAGUUCUCCAGUGUUUCCCAGCUUCCUGGACCUGUGCCAUCCUCAGGAGGCACCGAUACACAGAGUACUGUGAACAUGUCUCAAGCUGACACAGAGAAACUGAGACAGCGGCAGAAGCUACGUGAACUCAUUCUCCAGCAGCAACAGCAGAAGAAGAUUGCUAAUCGCCAGGAGAAGGGGCCUCAGGAUGCAGCAGUGGUACCUCACCCAGUGCCCCUUUCACACUGGCAGCCAGAGAGCAUCAACCAGGCUUUCACUCGACCUCCACCUCCCUAUCCUGGGAGCAUUCGAUCACCCGUUACUCCUCCUCUAGGACCUAGAUACGCAGUUCUCCCCAGAGAUCAGCGUGGACCCUAUCCUCCUGAGGUUGCUGGGAUGGGGAUGAGACCUCAUGGAUUUAGAUUUGGAUUUCCAGGAGCUAACCAUGGACCCAUGCCAAGCCAAGAUCGCUUCCAUGUGCCUCCUCAACAAAUACAAGGAUCUGGAAUUCCUCCACACAUAAGACGAUCAAUAUCUAUGGAAAUGCCUAGACCUCCAAAUAACCCACCAAUAAAUAAUCCAGUUGGGCUUCCUCAGCAUUUUCCACCACAGGGUGUGCCAGUUCAGCAGCAUAACAUACUAGGCCAAGCGUUUAUUGAGUUGAGGCAUAGAGCUCCUGAAGGAAGGUCACGGUUGCCAUUUGCUGCAUCUCCUGGCAGUGUUAUAGAAUCACCUCAUCCCAGACAUGGGAAUUUCCUUCCCCGACCUGAUUUCCCUGGCCCUAGACACACAGACCUUGUGAGACUGCCUUCCCAGUGUUUACCCAACCAGAUGCCUGUGCAUCCAAAUUUAGAGCAGGUCCCACCAUCUCAGCAAGAGCAAGGCCAUCCUGCACACCAAUCUUCUAUUGUCAUGAGGCCUCUCAGUCAUCCCUUAGGUGGUGAAUUUUCAGAGCCUCCUUUGUCAACAUCUACCCCAACUGAAACAACACCUGAUAACUUACAGAUAGCUGGUCAAUCUUCUGAUGGUCUUGAAGAGAAAAUAGACUCUGAUGAUCCUUCUGUGAAAGACCUGGAUGUGAAAGACCUUGAGGGAGUUGAAGUCAAAGACUUGGACGAUGAAGAUCUAGAAAAUUUAAAUUUAGACACAGAGGAUGGCAAAGGUGAUGACCUGGACACUUUAGAUAAUUUGGAAACAAAUGACCCUAACUUGGAUGACCUCUUACGGUCAGGGGAAUUUGAUAUCAUUGCAUACACAGAUCCGGAACUUGACUUAGGGGAUAAGAAAAGCAUGUUCAAUGAGGAAUUAGAUCUUAAUGUUCCAAUUGAUGAUAAGCUAGAUAAUCAGUGUGUACUGGGUGAACCAAAAAAAAGGGAUCAAGAAGAUAAAACUAUGGUUCUCGAAGAUAACGAUUUGCCACAGAAAAAAUCCAGUGGUACCAGUGAGAUAAAGACAGAGGUCCUAUCUCCACACUCUAAAGAAGAAACACAGAGUGAAAUAAAGAUAAGUGAUGACAAUAAAGGUGAUGCUGACACUCCAUGCUCACAGGCCUCUGCUCAUACCGACCGAAGUGACAGGGAAAAGACGACUUUGGUGCCUACUGAUCCAGAUACGCUUGAGAGAAGAAAUAAUCGGGAAAACGCUGGUUCUGGUGCCAUCCAGGGGUCCACUGCUCUGCCUGCUCAGGGUGUGAUGAACUCUUGUGACAUAACCGGAUCAACUCCAGUCCUCUCCAGUUUACUUUCUAACGACAAAUGCGAUAAUUCAGACAUUAGGCCUUUGGGGUCUUCCCCACCCACUCUGCCCAUUUCCCCAUCCACUCACGGGUCAAGUUUGCCUCCUACUUUAAUAGCACCACCUGGCCCUCUGUUGGAUAAUACCAUGAAUUCUAAUGUAACAGUGGUCCCUAGGGUAAACCAUGCAUUUUCUCAGGGUGUGCCAGUAAACCCAGGAUUCAUUCAGGGUCAGUCAUCAGUGAACCAUAAUUUAGGGAUAGGGAAACCUACAAAUCAAACUGUGCCUCUUACAAACCAGUCCAGCACCAGUGGCAUGUCUGGACCACAACAGCUAAUGAUUCCUCAAACAUUAGCUCAGCAGAACAGAGAGAGGCCCCUCCUUCUAGAGGAACAGCCUCUGCUUCUACAAGAUCUUUUGGAUCAAGAGAGGCAGGAACAGCAGCAGCAAAGACAAAUGCAAGCCAUGAUUCGUCAGCGGUCAGAACCAUUCUUCCCUAACAUUGAUUUUGAUGCAAUUACAGAUCCUAUAAUGAAAGCGAAAAUGGUGGCACUUAAAGGCAUAAAUAAAGUGAUGGCACAGAGCAAUCUGGGCAUUCCUCCAAUGGUAAUGAGCAGAUUCCCCUUUAUGGGCCCAUCAGUGGCUGGAACACAAAACAGUGAAGGCCAGAGCCUGGUGCCACAAGGUGUAGCUCAGGAUGGCAGUAUAACACAUCAGAUUUCUAGGCCUAAUCCUCCAAAUUUUGGUCCAGGCUUUGUCAAUGAUUCUCAGCGUAAGCAGUAUGAAGAAUGGCUACAGGAGACUCAGCAGCUUCUUCAGAUGCAACAGAAAUAUCUUGAGGAACAAAUUGGUGCACACAGGAAAUCUAAGAAAGCCCUUUCAGCCAAGCAGCGCACAGCCAAGAAGGCGGGGCGGGAGUUCCCAGAGGAGGAUGCAGAGCAGCUCAAGCAUGUCACUGAGCAGCAGAGCAUGGUUCAGAAGCAGCUUGAGCAGAUUCGUAAACAACAGAAAGAGCACGCUGAACUGAUUGAAGAUUAUCGGAUCAAACAGCAGCAGCAGCAGCAGUGUGCUCUGGCCCCUCCCAUGCUCAUGCCAGGGGUUCAGCCCCAGCCAUCUCUAGUUCCAGGUGCCACUCCACCCACCAUGAGCCAACCCAGCUUCCCCUUGGUGCCACAGCAGCUUCAGCACCAGCAGCACACAGCAGUCAUCUCUGGCCAUGCCAACCCUGCUAGAAUGCCCAGCUUACCUGGAUGGCAACCGAACAGUGCUCCUGCUCACCUCCCCCUAAAUCCUCCUAGGAUUCAGCCCCCAAUUGCCCAACUAUCUAUAAAAACUUGUUCACCAGCCACAGGGGCAGUGUCAAGUGCAAAUCCACAGAAUGGACCACCACCUCGAGUGGAAUUUGAUGACAACAACCCUUUCAGUGAAAGUUUUCAAGAGCGAGAACGGAAGGAACGCUUACGAGAACAGCAGGAAAGACAGAGAGUCCAGCUGAUGCAAGAAGUGGACAGGCAGAGGGCUCUGCAGCAGAGGAUGGAAUUGGAGCAGCACAGUCUGAUGGGUGCCGAGCUAGCCAACAGGACACCUGUGUCCCAGAUGCCAUUCUAUGGCCCGGACAGACCUUGCGACUUUUUGCAAGCCCCCAGACCCCUUCAGCAGUCUCCACAACACCAGCAGCAAAUGGGGCCAGUUCUACAGCAGCAGAAUAUCCAACAAGGAUCUAUUAAUUCACCCCCAAACCAAACUUUCAUGCAAACCAAUGAGCGAAGGCAGGUAGGACCUGCCCCCUUUGUUCCAGAUUCACCAUCUGCUCCUGGUGGGAGCCCAAACUUUCAUUCUGUUAAGCAAGGACAUGGAAGUCUUUCUGGGUCCAGCUUUCAGCAGUCCCCGUUGAGGCCUCCUUUCACACCAGUUUUACCAGGAACACCUCCAGUAGCUAAUAGCAAUCUUCCAUGUGGCCAAGACCCUGCUGUAACGCAGGGACAAAAUUAUUCAGGAUCCAGCCAGUCUCUGAUUCAGUUGUAUUCUGACAUAAUCCCAGAAGAAAAGGGGAAAAAGAAAAGAACAAGAAAAAAGAAAAAAGAUGAUGAUGCCGAAUCCAGCAAAGCACCAUCAACUCCCCACUCAGACUGCACUGCUCCGCUCACCCCAGGCCUCUCAGAAACUACCUCCAUUCCUGCAGUGAGCACACCCAGUGAGCUCCCUCAGCAAAGACAGCCAGAGGCAGUGGAGCCAGUCCGCCCACCCACUCCCCAUGUGGCAGCAGGCCAGCCCUGUGUAAAGUCAGAAAACAAACUUCUCAGCAGUGAAUUUAUAAAAGGAACUCCAAAUCAACAGACACAUGUUAAUUCAGAGGCUGACAAGCCUUCCAUGGAAGCCCCCAGCAAAACUGAAGAGAUCAAGCUGGAAAAGGCUGAGACAGAGCCAUGCCCGAGUCAGGAGGAGAGCAGUGUGGAAGAGAGAACUGGUGGCAAGAUGGAAGACACCAGUCCUGUCUCCUCAGUACAGUGCCCUUCGCAUUCCGCCACAGCCCAUGGUACCAAAGGAGAUGCAGGAAAUGAGCUACUGAAGCACUUGUUAAAAAAUAAAAAGUCCUCUUCCCUUCUAACCCAGAGACCUGAGGGCCCUUUCUCUUCAGAUGACAGCUCUGCCAAGGAUAGUAAACUGGGUGAGAAGCAGAGCCCAGCAGAAGGAUUGCAAACUUUGGGGGCUCAAAUGCAAGGUGGUUUUGGAGGUGGCAACAGCCAGUUGCCAAAAACAGAUGGAGGAAGUGAAACCAAGAAACAGCGAAACAAACGGACUCAGAGGACUGGGGAGAAAGCAGCACCUCGCUCAAAGAAAAGGAAGAAGGAUGAAGAGGAAAAGCAGGCUGUGUACUCCAGCUCUGACUCCUUCACCCACUUGAAACAGCAGCUCUCUCUGCUCCCUCUAAUGGAACCGAUCAUUGGAGUGAACUUUGCGCACUUUCUUCCUUAUGGCAGUGGCCAAUUUAAUAGUGGGACUCGACUUCUAGGAACUUUUGGCAGUGCCGCCCUUGAAGGGGUCUCAGACUACUAUUCUCAGUUGAUCUACAAGCAGAAUAAUUUAAGUAAUCCUCCAACACCCCCUGCCUCUCUUCCUCCUACACCACCUCCUAUGGCUUGCCAGAAGAUGGCAAAUGGUUUUGCAACGACUGAAGAACUUUCUGGGAAAGCUGGCGUGUUGGUGAGCCAUGAAGUUGCCAGAAGUUUAGGACCGAAGCCAUUUCAGCUGCCUUUUAGACCUCAGGAUGACUUGCUGGCUCGAGCAAUCACUCAAGGCCCGAAGACAGUGGAUGUUCCUGCCUCACUUCCAACACCACCUCAUAAUAAUCACGAAGAGUUAAGGUUACAGGACCACUAUGGUGACCGUGACACUCCAGACAGUUUUGUCCCCUCAUCUUCUCCUGAGAGUGUGGUUGGUGUGGAGGUGAACAGGUACCCAGAUUUGUCUCUGGUGAAAGAGGAACCUCCAGAGCCAGUGCCGUCCCCCAUCAUCCCCAUUCUGCCCAGCAUGUCUGGGAAAAGUUCAGAAUCAAGAAGAAAUGACAUCAAAACUGAGCCAGGCACUUUAUUUUUUACUUCACCUUUUGGUUCAUCCCCAAAUGGUCCCAGAUCGGGUCUUAUAUCUGUAGCAAUCACCCUGCAUCCUACAGCUGCUGAGAACAUUAGCAGUGUUGUGGCUGCGUUUUCUGACCUUCUUCACGUCCGAAUUCCUAACAGCUAUGAGGUUAGUAAUGCUCCAGAUGUUCCAUCCAUGGGUUUGGUCAGUAACCACAGAGUUAACCCAGGUUUGGAGUAUCGGCAGCAUUUGCUUCUUCGUGGGCCUGCACCAGGAUCUUCAAAUCCUCCCAGAUUAGCAAGCUCUUACCGGCUGAAGCAGCCUAAUGUACCAUUUCCUCCAACAAGCAAUGGUCUCUCUGGAUAUAAAGACUCUAGUCAUGGUAUAGCAGAAAGUGCAUCGCUCCGACCGCAGUGGUGUUGUCACUGCAAAGUGGUUAUUCUUGGAAGUGGUGUGCGGAAGUCAUUCAAAGAUGUGGCUUUUGUGAACAAGGGUUCCCGAGAGAACACCAAAAGGAUGGAAAAGGAUAUUGUCUUUUGCAGUAAUAACUGCUUUAUUCUUUAUUCAUCAACUGCACAAGCAAAAAACCCAGAAAACAAGGAAUCCCUUCCUUCACUGCCACAGUCCCCUAUGAAGGAGCCUUCCAAAGCAUUUCACCAAUACAGCAACAACAUCUCCACAUUGGAUGUACACUGUCUCCCUCAGUUCCAGGAGACAGUCUCCCCUGCUGCAUCACCUCCCAUAACCUUCCCUCCAGCCUUUGAAGCAGCCAAAGUAGAGUCCAAGCCUGAUGAGCUCAAGGUGACAGUCAAGUUAAAGCCGCGCCUGAGGACUCUUCAUGGGGGGCUUGAAGAUUGUAGACCACUAAAUAAAAAGUGGAGAGGAAUGAAGUGGAAGAAAUGGAGCAUUCAUAUUGUCAUCCCUAAGGGGACCUUUAAGCCACCUUGUGAGGAUGAAAUUGAUGAGUUCCUAAGGAAAUUGGGCACUUCUCUCAAACCUGACCCGGUGCCCAAAGACUAUCGGAAGUGCUGCUUUUGUCAUGAAGAAGGGGAUGGGCUAACAGAUGGGCCAGCAAGGCUGCUCAACCUUGACUUGGACUUGUGGGUCCACUUGAAUUGUGCUCUGUGGUCCACAGAGGUCUAUGAGACACAGGCUGGUGCCUUAAUAAAUGUUGAGCUAGCACUGAGGAGAGGACUACAAAUGAAAUGUGUCUUCUGUCAUAAGACAGGUGCCACCAGUGGAUGUCACAGAUUUCGAUGCACCAACAUUUAUCAUUUUACUUGCGCCAUUAAAGCACAAUGCAUGUUUUUUAAGGAUAAAACAAUGCUUUGUCCCAUGCACAAACCAAAGGGAAUCCAUGAGCAAGAGUUAAGUUACUUUGCAGUCUUCAGGAGGGUCUAUGUGCAACGAGACGAGGUGCGGCAGAUUGCUAGCAUCGUUCAGCGGGGAGAGCGUGACCAUACUUUUCGUGUGGGAAGCCUCAUCUUCCACACCAUUGGUCAGCUGCUUCCACAGCAGAUGCAAGCAUUCCACUCUCCUAAAGCACUCUUCCCAGUGGGCUACGAAGCCAGCCGGUUGUACUGGAGUACUCGGUACGCCAACCGGCGCUGCCGCUACCUGUGCUCCAUUGAGGAGAAAGAUGGGCGGCCAGUGUUCGUCAUCAGGAUUGUAGAGCAAGGCCACGAGGACCUGGUCUUAAGUGACUCAUCACCUAAAGAUGUUUGGGAUAAAAUUUUGGAGCCUGUGGCAUGUGUGAGGAAAAAAUCUGAAAUGCUGCAGCUUUUCCCUGCAUAUUUGAAAGGAGAAGACCUGUUUGGCCUGACUGUCUCUGCAGUGGCGCGGAUAGCUGAGUCACUACCUGGGGUUGAGGCAUGUGAAAACUACACCUUCCGGUACGGCCGUAACCCUCUGAUGGAGCUCCCCCUUGCAGUUAACCCCACAGGUUGUGCCCGCUCUGAACCGAAAAUGAGCGCCCAUGUCAAGAGGUUUGUGUUAAGGCCUCACACCUUGAAUAGCACCAGCACCUCAAAGUCAUUUCAGAGCACAGUCACUGGAGAGCUGAACGCGCCCUACAGUAAGCAGUUCGUCCACUCCAAGUCAUCACAGUACCGGAGAAUGAAGACGGAAUGGAAGUCUAAUGUGUACCUGGCCCGGUCUCGGAUCCAGGGCCUGGGCCUGUAUGCUGCUAGAGACAUUGAAAAACACACAAUGGUCAUUGAGUACAUUGGAACGAUUAUUCGAAAUGAAGUUGCAAACCGGAAGGAGAAGCUUUAUGAGUCUCAGAACCGAGGUGUGUACAUGUUCCGCAUGGACAAUGACCACGUGAUUGACGCCACACUCACAGGAGGGCCUGCAAGGUAUAUCAACCACUCAUGUGCCCCUAACUGUGUGGCUGAAGUAGUGACCUUUGAGAGAGGACACAAGAUUAUCAUUAGCUCCAACAGGAGGAUCCAGAAAGGAGAAGAGCUUUGCUAUGAUUAUAAGUUCGACUUUGAAGAUGACCAGCACAAGAUUCCAUGUCACUGUGGAGCGGUGAACUGCCGGAAGUGGAUGAACUGAAUGCAUUCCUUGCUAUCUCAACGGGCGGCUCGUCCCUAGGAAGAGACGACUCAACACUUCAUUGGAUUUUGCAGACAGAAAGAUAUUUUUGUUUUCUGACUUUUUGAGAAACAGCUUCUGGGAGCUCUGGUUCCUCAGCUGCCUUGCUGUGCAGUGGGGCCAGCUGACUCACAGAAUGGUCCAGCACUUUUUUUUUUUCCUUUUUCUUUUCUUUCCUUCCUUUUGUUUCCUUGUGGGUGGGUUUUGUUUUGUUUUGUUUUGUUAGUCUCACUAAGGAGAAACUUUUACUGGGGCAAAGAGCCGGCGGCUGCCCUGCCCCAGGGUGGGGGCCUUCCUAUGAAUGUAAGACUGAAAUCACCAGCGAAGGGGGCUGUCCAGAGUGCUGGCCACGCCUUACUGACAGGGGCAGGCCCUCAGUGUAACUAAAGUGGACACCACUGAUCAAGGAAUGUACCGAGAUGACUUCCUUAGGGAUAGAGCUAAGGGGUAAUAACUUGCACUAAAUACAUUUGAAUACUUGAUUCCAUGAGUCAGUUUAUUGUAGUUUUUGAUUUCUGUAAAAUAAGAGAAACUUUUUGUAUUUAUUAUUGAAUAAGUGAAUGAAGCUAUUUUUAAAUAAAAGUUAGAAGAAAGCCAAGCUGCUGCUGUUACCUGCAGAACUAACAAACCCUGUUACUUUGUACAAAUAUGUAAAUAUUUUGAGAAAAACAGUAUAAAAAUAGUUAUUGACCAAAUGCUACCAGGCGCUGCAGCAGCUCGGGUGCUUAUAACCAUGGUAGGGAUGUUACAAUAUAAUUUUGUGUUAUUAAAUAUGCCAUUACAAUUAUGUAAUAACCAAAAUUUUGCCCCGGUAUGCCUGGGCUUUUUGGAAACUGUCUCCUAGUGCUUGUUUUCUACAUAAUUUCUGACAGAGCAACGUGUGUGCUACAAUUACACUUUUAUAGCUGUUGGUGAUUUAAACUAAUGUUUCAUAUUAUAUUGCUGCAUCCCUACUUCUUCAGUCAGGUUUUUUUGUGCUUACAAUUUGUGAUAACUGUGAAUAACGGCUUAAACUCAAACCCAAAUGGAGGCUGAAUUUUUUUCUUCAGCAAAAGUAGUUUUGAUUAGAACUUUGUUUCCAACCACACAGAAUCAUGUACACAUAAUAGAGUCGUGUAGCGGGGACCUAACCCAACUCCUUAGCCUUCUAUUUAACAUAAAAUUUGAAAAGGAAAAAAAAAAGCGCGAGAGAGAUGGAGAGAGUGAGAGAUGUGAUUACGCUCCCAGCUGCAGGGCUCUGGCAAUAGGGUUUUUCGAAGAUGUAAUUUUAAAAUGUGUUUGUAUGAACUGUUUGUUUACAUUUCUUUAAUAAAGAAAACACACUGUUUUGUGUUUGCUUGUAGAAACUUAAUCAGCAUUUGAACCAGGUUAGCUUUUUAUUUUGUACUUAAAAUUCUGGUACUGACACUUCACAGCUAAGUAUAAAAUGAAGUUUUUGUGUGCACAAUUCGAGUGGACUGUGAGCUGUGGGUACAUUCAGUAACUCGGCUCUCAGCUUGUAAUGUAUAUGGCAUGAUGUAUUUUUAUCUUACAGAAUAAAUCAAUUGUAUAUAUUUUUCUCUUGAUAAAUAGCUGUAUGAAAUUUGUUUCUUGAAUAUUUUUCUUCUCUUGUACAAUAUUCUGACAUCCUACCAGUAUUUGUCCUACCGGGUUUUUGUUGUUUUCUGUUAUGUAUAAUAGUAUCUAAUGUUGGCAAAAAUUGAAUUUUUUGAAGUAUACAGAGUGUUAUGGGUUUUGGAAUUUGUGGACACAGAUUUAGAAGAUCACCAUUUACAAAUAAAAUAUUUUACAUCUAUAGAAUCUGCCUUGUGCUCUCUGCAGGCCGUGGUCAUGUUUGCUGUUUGGUUCUGCUUGGUGUAAAUUAAGCUGUGCUCUCU